GUCAAAAAUUGGAGAAUCCACACAACAUGCCUUCCACAAUUAAAAACUUCUCCCAAGAAUGAGAUGAGAUACAUGGGAAAUGAAUCAAUGUUUGUUUUGAGCUUCAAGAGGAUUUGACACUUCAACAAAUUAAAAUGCACUUGAAUUUCGCUGUGAUCACAGUCACUGUCUUUGUGGUGUUUUCUUGUAUUAGUAAAACAGAGGGUGUAAACUGGAUUCAAAAUGGACAUUCAGAAUCAACACUUUCACCAUUCAAGGAUGAAGGUAAACACAAGCCAAUGGCCAAUAAUGGAGAAUUGAAUUUUGUUAAAGAUGAAUUGGCUACGAAAAGAUCAAUGCAGGAAGGUAGCAAAUUGAAUAAGGUUGAAGCAAAUCUUGCAAAAGCAAGAGCAUUGAUAAGAGAAGCCAUGAGAAGCAAUGUCACAGUACCUCCUGAAGAUAAUACUGAGUAUAUUCCACAAGGACACAUCUACAGAAACGCCUUUGCUUUCCACAGGAGUUAUCACUUAAUGGAGAAGCUCUUUAAAAUCUUUGUGUAUGAAGAGGGAGAGCCCCCUCUAUUUCAUUAUGGUCCCUGUAAGAGCAUAUAUUCCAUGGAAGGAAUUUUUAUCAACUUAUUGGAACAGAAUACCCUGCUUCGUACUCAGAAUCCAGAUGAAGCUUAUGUAUACUUUCUUCCAUUUAGUGUUGUGAUGAUCCUUGAUCAUCUGUUUCACCCAGUUAUUCGUGACAAAGCUGUAUUAGGGCGUACUAUUGGUGAUUAUGUCCACAUCAUAUCUCACAAGUAUCCAUAUUGGAAUAGAAGUUAUGGAGCUGAUCAUUUCAUGCUUUCUUGUCAUGAUUGGGGACCAAGAGCAACAUGGUAUGUUAAGGAAUUAUAUUUCAUCGCAAUAAGGGUGCUAUGCAAUGCAAACAUUUCUGAGCAUUUCAAUCCCAAGAAGGAUGCAUCAUUUCCUGAAAUAAACCUAAUAUCAGGGGAGACAACAAGUCUUAUUGGCGGCUAUCCGCCCUCGAACCGAACAGUUUUGGCUUUCUUUGCAGGAGGAAUGCAUGGAAGGAUUAGACCAGUAAUUUUCCAACAUUGGGGGAACAAAGACCAAGAUGUGCUAGUUUAUGAGAAACUCCCGGAAGGAGUUUCAUACCAUGAGACAAUGAAGAAGAGCAAAUAUUGCAUUUGUCCAAGUGGGUAUGAAGUUGCAAGUCCAAGAAUUCCGGAGGCUAUUUAUGCACAAUGUGUACCUGUAAUAAUAUCACAACAAUAUGUACUUCCCUUUAGUGAUGUUCUUAACUGGGAUUCUUUCUCAAUUCAGAUUGAAGUAAGUGAGAUACCCAAGCUUAAGGAAAUUUUGCUGGGUAUAUCGGAUGAUAAGUAUAUGAAACUACUAGAGGGAGUGAAUCAAGUUCAAAGACAUUUUAUAGUGAACAAUCCUCCCAAGAGAUAUGAUGUAUUCCAUAUGAUUAUCCAUUCGAUAUGGCUUAGGAGGUUAAAUGUACGUGUGAAAUAACUCAUCAAGUCAAUGUUAUUAUAUAUUAUAUUAUUUUG